AUGAAGCGGCGUCCGCCGCCGGCGGAAGGCGACGCGAUGGAUUUGGUGGGAACGUUCACGAAAAUGGCGCUCGACAUUGAGAAGUGCCAAAAGUACAAUCCAGCAUUGUGGGAGACGGUGCUCAAACGCUCCACGAAGCGCUUGGAAACGUAUGCCACACAAAUCCAUCCAGCCAUCUCCAAGGCUCGCAAACGUGCACGCGGUCAAGCAUCUACCUCAUCAACGCCUGUGACUUUUCCAGCCGUGAGCGUACGAGCUUCGUCAUCUUCUUUGAGCUCCUAUCUCGAUCAACCUGAUAUGGUGCGGGAGAUGCUCCAUGACCUUCAUCAAGACCCCUCCACAGGGCACGCCAAGAACAGUCGCUUGUCGAUGACAACACCGUCACUGCCGACUGACACUCCGCCCCUCAUUUCUCGACCUCCGCCAAUAAUACCACUUUCUCCAACAGCAUCCUCGUCACCCACGAAACUCCCCAUCCUAACAGUAAUCACGCCUCGAACAAGGCAAUGGGUUGCACGACUGCCUCCACCCCGUGAAGCGGACUGGGUUGCAAUUAACCAGCUCGAAUCCGUCGCGGACGACACUCUCGCCCGCCGCGGAAAUUCUAUCGACAAUAUGGACCAACCACACUCGCUCUAUGGCAUGUUGCAACGUCGCAAAUGGCCAAAAAAGACUCAUCGUCCCAGCAGUCAGUACCGCCGUGAAGCCGCGGCUCGCUACUCCGCCGUUUCCAGCCCUACUAAGGACGCAGUGAAUUCAAACGUUGGCAGCGUCUUGGACCUAGAAAGGAUAUCAGAUGAAGCCAAACUGAUGCAACAACACGACUUCGACGUAAAAGUGUCCUCAGGCAACCUCUCGACAAUCAUCCACGAGGUUUCGCUUUACGACAGCUUCGACGACCUUGAGCUCGACAAAAUUGAAGCUACGAUUGCUGUCGACCCGUCAGGCGACGACAUUCUCUUCACCAACGACGAGUGCCUCCAAACAGCUGCAAUUCCUGCACCGUCGCCCCCAACAUCUCCCCCUCGCCGGCGGCAGCACGUGUUGCUCGAACUCGAUCAUCGAGCGUCAGUCAUUGAAUCCGAAGUCACGGUGAAGGCACAUGAGAACGCAGUGGCAGCCGUGGACGCGACGCUCGCGUCCAUUCAGAAAUUUGUGCCACUGGAACUUAUCUAUGCCCAUGGGAAAGGCCGGUAUGCAUCCAUGCAAAUCCAACGGGCCAUGCAACUGGUGUAUCAUGCAAUGCUGCGCCUGGCCAAGCGCCAGUACUUGGUUGUGUGGUCGAGGUGGCAACGGCACACGAGCGACGCCCGAGAGGCCGAACGAUGGCGCUGCGCAGUGACGGUGCAGUGCGCAUGGCGGCAGGUCCUAGCUCGCCGAGAGGUUGCUAUACGACGACGCUUGCGCAAGAAACAACUGGAGCGAGAAAAGAAUCUCCUGCAAGUGCUCCUCGCUCGCAAAAACGAUGCAGCGGCGUGCAUCACACGGCACCUACGCAGAUACGUGGGGCGGUGUCGGGCUCGACAGAAUCGCAAGCGACAUGUUGCUGCACUGCGCAUUCAGCGCUUUUUCCGGCGGCGGCAUGCAUUAUGGGCUCGAUUCGCCCGCUUUCUUCAGCACCGUCGGGAAACUGUCGCGGCAAUUUGCAUACAAAAGCACGUCCGAGCGCAUUUAGGGCGCGCCAAGACGCGUUUGGUGCGAAAGCUGCGCGCCGUGGACCGCCGCAAGGCCCUCCUCAUGGCACACGUGGAAGCCCGAGCCCAUGCGCUGCGCGUCGUGGGGGCGGCUCUCACCGUGCAGCGUAACUUUCGACGACGGCAAAUCGCUCGACGGGCAAAAUUUGGAGCCAUGCGGAGACGGCACGCGAAGAAGGUCGUGGCGGCGGUCAAGGUCCAAAGCAUUGCGCGAAUGUACUUGGCUAUGAACGAGUUGCGCCGCAUGCGAACGACGUAUCCGACGGCUGCGCUCGUGAUUCAGUGCGCUGUUCGCCGACAUCAAAGCACACGGAGGCGGCUGCAGCUCCUGCAGGCAGUAAGGGAGGAUCGCAAACGACGCGUCACAAAGAAAAAGGAGCUGCGCCGCGAAAAGCGGCAGCGCCAGAAAGCCAGGGCCCACGCAAACCAAGCCACCAAGUUGUGGAUGGCGCUGCAAGACACAGCGUCGACGGUUCAAAAGCAGCGGCUCAAGUGGAUGCAAAUGGAGCCACCCCAAGCUGCCAUGUGUAUUCAAGGUGGAUGGAAGGGCUACAAAACGCGUAAGCGACUCGCGCGGCAGUUUGCCAAGGACAAGGAGCGAGAUCGACGGCUCGCCAACCGCUCGCGACGAGUGGCUGCUACGUGCAUCCAGCGCCACGUCCGAGGCAUGCUCGGCCGCAAACGAUUUUGGUUUGCCCUGAUGACAAAGUAUGCGACUUCGAUCCAGAGGUUGUUCCGCAACCGCAAAGCUCGUCGAGAUAUUGCCAUCAUGCGGGCAUACGUCAAGGCGGCGCGGUUGAUUCAAACGCGGUGGCUAAACAAGAAAGAAUUUGUUCAAUUUCGACGGCACCGUCGAGCCGCCGUGGCCAUCCAAUCUGUUGUCCGCAUGUGGCUCGACAAGAAGCGGUUUGUCCAAAGAGUUGAGGCGUUCCACCGUCGGUUGGAGGUCCGCCUCGUAGGCCAAGUCCUCUUUGCCCAACGCACGCUGGACGUCGUACAGACCCAACUGCUCCAGUUGAGCUGGCAGUUUGCCACGCACACUGCGGCAGACACCGCGGUGACAAAGAAGCACUAUCAACCGUCCCCGAUGCUUGCGGCCGCCGCCAGCGGAAACGUGCAGCGCGCAUUAUACUCCCGUGACGCGGAUGGCAUGUGGACAACGAUGGGGUGCUUUGGGCUGUGGCAAACGAUCUAUUUGGAUGUAUGCCGCCAUGGAAACACGCCGGAUGCCGUCGAGAUAGACAACAUGCGGUUCUCUCGCUUUCUCAAGGGAAUUCCUGGCAUGUUGCACAAGUCGCUCUGUCCUCUGCACCACGUCGACGUUGUGUUUGCAAAGUUCAAGCCAGCGAAAGGCCGUACGAUGCCGUUUGCAGGAUUUCACAACGCCAUGUCGUACUUGCUUACUCUUCGAUACCCCGACAAGGCGACCGCACUCACGAUGGAGCAACGGUUCUUAACCUUCAUGCACGAGCUCGUGCUUGUGUCCAAGUUUGGCGAAGCCUAUCGAUUAAACUUGGCGGCGUUGGCCAUGGAACGAGCGUCAUGGGCGGCCCACGUGAUACAGUCGAUGUGCCGCCGGCGACAACAGCUCAAGCGACACCAAGCAUUCGUGGGCCGGUUCCUCGAGAAGCGCCGUCAGAAUGAAGCACGACGGGCUGCUACGCUGCUUCAAAACAAGUGGCGCCAGCGCCUCGCCAAACUUGGCUUUCAAGCGCUUGUCUGCGACACGUUUGUCGAGUACGUCGACUGGAAGAGCGGCGCGUGCUCGUACAAGAACCUCGUCACGAAUACGACUACAUACAGCCGCCCCGCACUCUUGCGCGGGCUGACGCCGUCCAUCUCGAUCCGGCUGCCUCCCCCCGGCGAAGGUUUUAUCGUCAACUGUUGCCGGCAUGACACGCAACCACCCGACCUCGCCACGAUGUUUUGCAUGGCGUGCGAAGAGGCGAUGUGUGGGCCCUGCUUUGCGCGCGACCACAAAGCGAAUGCACUUGCCAACCACAGUACCGUCCAGGUUCAGAUGUGCAGGCUGUGCUCCAAGCACACUGCGUCGCGCGUGUGCAACCAGUGCCAAGGCGGCACGGUGCCGUACUGCGACACGUGCUACCCCCAUUACCACAAGGACAAGUUUGCUUGUCACACGUUUACACCGCUCGUGUGCCUGUGUGUGGAAUGCGGCGAGAAGGUCGGGCGGUGGCGGUGUACGACGUGCACCGACUUGUUUUGCAAAAAGUGCUUUUCAAAUUUUCAUCGCAAAGGACAACGACAGAAUCAUGGCAUGGAGCCCGUGCCGUAUUUGGCGGUCGAAGCCAAAGCUGCGCAAGAUUUGAGGCGUCGCGAGAAGGAGCAGCAGCGAGCCGACAUGGCCCGAGCAGAGGAAGUUGCUCGCCAAGUCGAAGCGAUCGAGCUGCAGAAGAGGGAGGUUGCCGCGGUGCUGAUUCAAACGGCGUAUCGAGCCAAGCGGGGACGUGUGGAGGGCAAGGCGUACAUGAAAGAGGUCCGCCACACAAAUCGCAUGGUCCAGCAACGCCUCAAAGACGACGUUGUGCGAAGCGCGUUUACGUACAAACUGCGCAAAGUUGUGGGCCUCGCGCCGACGUUGGCCUCGGACACAGUCGACGAAGUGCAUGCGGCUCAGCAGCGCAAAGACAACGUGGUCGCUGCCCUGGGAUGGGCCACGUACGACUACACGAAAGGGCCUCCUGAAUGGUGCUGCUACAACGCCCGCGUCGACGUCUUGGACGGCGAAUUCAAAUCGUUUCAAGCGACGGUGGUCUCAACAACUCAAGUGGUUACGUCGGGUCUGGUCAUGGUGCAUGUCACUGCCGCCAACAAGUCGACGACGCUGCCACUGGCCGCGCUCCGGCCAACGGGGAACAGUGCCUCUCCUUCCAAGGUCCUCCAGCUCGCCGAGACAGUCGGCCAUGCGGCACACAAGAUGCACGUGACUAUGCUGGACCGCAUCGAUCGAAAACGACAACACCUCAAGCUGCUCCACCACCGCACAGAGUUCAAAGACCUCGAAGAGUAUGCGUGGGUGGAGCUCCCGGCGAACAAUGGCACGCCAGAGAAUCCAUCCACGUGGUGGAAUGUCGUGAACAAUUGCAAAACAACGACCAUGCCAAACGGCGUCAAGGCGAUGGAAUCCAUGGAUCCGAGUGCCCGCGAAGACAUGCUGGCUCAGAUCCAAGAAGCGCACGAAAAACUUGUCCAGCUCCAGACCAAGUCGGAGCGGCGACGGCGCGGCAGUGUUGACACGGCAUUCAGCACAACCGACGGGCAAGCGAUCGAGGACGCGUUGUUCUGGCAGGACAGUCUGUGGAGCCACCCUCGAGUGGGCAAGACGGCUCGACAGUUGGUGAAGGAACUCUCGACAACCGAUCUGCGCGGCGCCGUCCAGUUGCUCCGUCGGGUGAAAACCACAAGCAACAGCGAAGACGUCGACGCAGACUGGGAAAAGAUCGUGCUCAAGUUCUGUGCGCUGAAAACACUCGAGAAGAAGGAACUGUUGGCCAAAACCGUCGAGAUGCAUGCGACGGACGCUCGAGUCGUGCUUUGGAGCCUGGUGGACCCGAACGCAGCAAAGGCCCAGAGCGACACUGACGAUUGACAUCCUCUCGCAGUGAGACAAUCGUCGUCCCCCACUGUCGUUGCAGCGAACGAUCGAGACCCUUGUGUUGGUACGAGUCCAUCACUUCUGAACAUUGCGCGCGGCCGCUGCAACAAACUCGGCAAAUGUUGCCACACAUCGAUCUCUCGGAGGGCUGCAUGAGCGAGGCCGCCGCGGGAAGGCGGCGGAACCCUUCCAACACAUUCUCGUGUGCAGAAUCAAGUCGAUGGCGUAGAAGCGUUUGUAGCCAAGCUACCAUUGUCGAGACAGC